UUAGUUUCUCGUGUGCGCCGCUGUUUUGGUUCCCCCGCUGUCGCUGCCGGUGAAAAACAGUCCCACACAUUUUCAAAAUGUCAGGCAGUAAGAAGCCGCGAGCUGUGGCAAAUCCUCUGGAAUCUACAAUUACAACACCGAGCGAAAGAAUACUGAAAGAAUGUCACACUUUAUAUAUCGACAGCGAGAACGGACUGGUAAAAAUUGCAGAGAGCUUGGGAGUGAGACUUUUACCGCCACGCAAAAAGAUUAUCGUUAUGAUUAUGGGAAACCAUUCUGCUGGAAAAAGCUCCUUUAUUAACUGGUAUGUGGAGGAGCACAUACAGAAGACAGGUGUUGCCAUAGAGACACAAGGCUUCACGUUUAUAACUAGUGGAAGAAAACGAGAGUCAUUAACAGGAAAUGCAACGUUACACCUAUAUCCACAUUUCAGACCUCUGCUGGAGUUCAAAGGUGUCACGGAUUACCUGAGCGCUGAGAUUUCCACAUCUAAACAGAAGAAAUUCAGCCUGGUGACGUUCGUGGACACUCCAGGGCUGGUGGAUGGAGAUAUGGUGUACCCUUUUGACGUCAACAGCGCCAUCACUUCUUUUGGUGAGCAGGCGGACCUCAUCUUCGUGUUUUUUGACCCGAUGGGCCAGGCACUGUGCAAGCGGACAUUAAACAUUGUUGAGAAGCUGAGUGAGAAGUGUGGAGAUAAACUACGCUUUUAUCUGAGCAAAGCGGAUGAAGCCGGGAAAGAAACAGACAGACAGCGAGUGAUGAUGCAGAUUGUUCAAGAGCUGUGCAGGAGACCUGGACUCAACAAAUGUGGCUUCGAAAUGCCCACGAUAUACAUCCCCAACCCUCAAAAACCCAGCAGAUGCAUCAACCAGAUUGAUGAGGUGUGUGAGACCAUUGAGAAGAGCAUAAAUCAGGCUGUGCAGAAAACACUUGACCAGCUGGAGAAGGACUGUAACCUGAUCGUCUCUACUAUCAACCAAACACUGGAGCAGGACCGGAUGAACGUGAGCUUCAACAAAAGCAAUCGUUUUAAUUCCUUCCUGUGUGGCGUUCUGGGAGUCUUCCUGCCUUCGCUCUUCAUUCUCAGCUUCAUCAUCAGCACUUUCGCUCCAGAGGAACUGGAUUCUCUUGUAGGAGAAGGAUUGGCCAAAACACUCUACUUUUCUACAGCAAUAGUGGUGUAUCUGUGGGAUUGGAUUCCUGAAGAUGGACAGAUCGUGUUUGUCCUCAUCUUUGGGGCUCUGUGUUACUUCAUGCUAUUUCUGGCCAAAUAUUUUGCACGUCAGGGCAGUAAGACGCUGAGUAAGAGAGAGAAGAAAAAACUGGUGGAGUGCAGCGAUUACAUCCAGGAUGUCGUCAAAUCCAAGAAGCGCAAACUGUAUGAAGAAUAUCUUCGUCAGUGUGCGGCAGAGUAUGAAUUCUGAAGACCACCAGCACGACACUUCCGAA